AUGUCACAAACCAAGUCACUUGUCAAUCGAGUUCUACCGAUCCUCAUGUUCCUCCUCUUCUUCAUCAUCAUUCAUUCCACCAACGUCAUUACAUGCGCUGCCAUUGAUGAUGAGGUCAUUGUCAAAGCGCCCAUAGGAACCUAUCAAGGAUUUAUUUCACAAUUUCCAGAAUACAAAGCCACAGCAAGAGCAUUCACAGGCAUUCGUUAUGCAAAAGCUCCAGUGAACUCUCUCCGAUGGAAACCCACACAACCAUUGGAUGCUUUUUCAGGAAUUUACAAUGCAACGAUCGAAACACCUGGAUGUCCACAACGAUGUGAAUUACCACCUCACACAUGUCCCAAGACACAGAGUGAAGAUUGUUUGUUUUUGGAUUUAUAUACGCCACGAUUAGGAGCCAUGAAAAAGAAUGAAUUGUUACCUGUGUAUGUGUUUUCCCUGGUGGUCAUUUUGAGCAAGGAAGUAAGUAAUCGAUCCUAUCAAACAUUAUAUUCAGGUGAAAUUCUUAUUGAAAUUUCAUCAUCUUCUCAAAUUGAUCAUGCAGCUCCAAACUCCAUUCUCUACGAUGGUACCUUCAUUGCCAACAAGACUUCCAUCAUCAUGAUCAUUGCUGGUUAUCGAUUAGGAGCAUUAGGUUGGCUCGCUAAUUCAAAAGCUCAAAUGUCUGGAAAUUAUGGAUUUAUGGAUCAAUUAACAGUUCUAAAAUGGGUGCAAAACAAUAUUGCUGCUUUUGGUGGAGAUCCAAAAAGAGUGACCAUUGGCGGUCAAUCUGCUGGAGCUACAUCAACGACUGCUCAUUUAAUUAGUCCAGCAAGUAAGGGACUUUUCCAUCAAGUGAUUGUAGAAAGUAAUCCAUUAGUGUUGCCCAUGAGAUUGAUGGACGAUGUGACGAUUAAUUUGGCAACUCCUUUUGCCAAACAAGCGAAUUGUGAUGUGAGUGAUUUUGAAUGUUUUCAAAAAUUGUCGAUUGAUUCGAUUUUGGAAGCUCAAUAUUUUUUGGACACUUAUAAGAACUUGUCAAUUCCUUUGGAGACAUUUUUACCUUGGGCUCCUACUGUAGCAAGUUUUGACAAGUUGAUUCCUUAUCAAACCUUUGAGGCUGUACAAAAAGGAUAUUAUCACAAAGUUCCAAUGAUUUUUGGAAAUGUGGCAGAAGAAGCUCUCAUUUUCAUUUAUAUGGGAAGUAAAAAAAAGAUGACUACAUUGGAAUAUAUGGCAUUGUUAUAUGCUGUUUUUGGUAUUGAAGAUGGAGCAAGAGUGUUGAAUUGGUAUCGUCCUCUUCUCGAUGGUGAUAAACGCCCAGAAUUGAGUAUUAUGGGAACUGAUUAUAUAUUCCUGUGUUCAUUAAGAAAUGUUCUCUCACAAAUUACCACUCAAAAUCCUGAAUUACCAGUUUAUAAUUAUAUUUUUAAUCAUGUGUUGACUUUUGAUGCUUGGGGACCAAAUCCGGAAGAAGAUAUUCUCUCCAUUUCCAUGGUUAAUUACUUUACCAAUUUUGUGAAAUAUGGAAAUCCAAACGGUAAUUCAACUGCUGUGACAUGGCCUCGAUUUAGUGCCAACAAUCGCCAAACUAUGAUGUUCCAAACACCAUUCAAUCAAAUGGUCAAAGACUACAAGAAGGAUUAUUGUGAUGAAUGGGAUUACAUUGGUUACGAUCAUGGUUGGUUGAAUCAACUCAAAAAAAAGAAUUAA